GCAUCAUCCUCAAAUGGGUUCAAGCCAACUUGCAUUCACAUAUAACUGAAUCUCAUUGUGUAAUCCUAAAUCUAUAAAUACUCUUCCUUCUAUCCUCACUUCUUCACCACACUACAACACCGAUAAUCAUAAGCAACAACAAAAAAAAGUAUAACUCUUGCUUCUAUUUUCUCUAUACGCAGAAAGCAAAAUGAAAUCUAUCAUGGUCUUGGGCACGAUUUUGACCAUUCUUUUCACGAGUUUCAGAAUUUCUCAAGCUACGUCUCGUACCAUAACCUUCCACAAGCCGUCGAUGGUUGAUAAACAUGGGCAAUGGAUGGCUAGAUUCUCUCGCGUUUACCGUGACGAGCUCGAGAAACAGAUGCGACACGAUUUGUUCAAAAAGAACUUGAAGUUUAUUGAAGACUUCAACAAAAAAGAGAACAAAGGCUACAAGCUUGGUCUCAAUGAAUUCGCAGACUGGACCAACGAGGAGUUCCUAGCAACGCACACCGGGCUAAAGAAUAUAACUCGAACUUCCCCAUCCAUGGUGGAAGAAAAAACGAUGUCGUCUAUGUCUUGGAACGUCAGUGACGUGGUGGGCGAGAGCAAAGACUGGAGAAGUGAAGGAGCUGUCACUCCUGUCAAGUACCAAGGCCAAUGCGGAUGUUGCUGGGCGUUUUCUGCUGUAGCAGCAGUGGAAGGUGUGACUAAGAUCGCCAGCGGGAAACUCGUAUCUUUGUCCGAACAACAGCUUCUAGACUGCGACAGAGAGUACGACAAAGGCUGCAACGGUGGUGUAAUGUCGGAUGCUUUCAACUAUAUAAUCCAAAACCAAGGCAUCGCUUCGGAGGAGUCCUACUCUUACCAAGGAUCAGAUGGGAGUUGCCGGUCCAAUGCAAGACCCGCUGCACGGAUCAGCGGUUUCCAAUCAGUCCCCAGCAACAACGAGCGGGCCUUGCUCGAGGCCGUAUCGAGGCAACCUGUCUCUAUCUCGAUGGAUGCUAGUGGGGAUGGGUUCAUGCAUUACUCAGGGGGAGUAUACGACGGGCCUUGUGGAACAAGCGCGAAUCAUGCGGUUACGUUUGUUGGGUAUGGGACGACCCAGGACGGGACGAAAUAUUGGCUGGCUAAGAACUCUUGGGGUGAAACUUGGGGAGAAAAUGGUUACAUUAGGAUACGUAGAGACGUGGCUUGGCCUCAGGGCAUGUGUGGUGUAGCCCAGUAUGCUUUUUAUCCGGUUGCGUAAGCGUCUUUCGUUAUACAGUUUAUACAUAGCCUACAAUUCAAAUGGAAAGUACGUAUAUCAAAGUGAUAUACUAAAAUAGUGUCUUGUUAUUACUUGAUUAAAUAUUGUUGAGAUGUGGUUUACAUUCACAUCGCAUAUUUUGAGCCAUAUAUUUGUAAUGUAUUCUGUAUCGUUCUGUACGUCUUGCAUGGCGUUGAUGUA